GAGGCGAGGUCGGUUUGCCCAACUAGCCUCCUAAGCCCCCUUCUUCCCCACUCCUCUGCUCUCCCAAUUCCUCUUUUUGGUGAAAAAAUUUGAAGUUUCUCUCUCUGAGUACCUAAUGGGAACCACCUCGAGAAGAUCGAAGUCGCCGUCUGGACGCUUCCCCUCCGCCUCCGCCGGCGGCAUGGCCGUUAUCUCCUCCAGCUCCUCCACCUUCUUCCACCACCACCGGCCCUCCUCCCCCACCCGUGUCAACCUCGUCGGCGCCCCCCCGUCUCCCGUCCCCUCCGUCCGCUUCUCCUUCGACCGCCACCGCCCCACCUCCCCCGGCCGCUCCCUCGCCUUCGCAGACCACCGCUCCCCGCGCCCCAUCACCUCCUCCGUCCCCCAGCGCCGGACGUGCAUGUGCUCCCCCACCACCCACCCGGGCUCCUUCCGGUGCAGCCUCCACAAGGGCCUCGGCCAGCUCCAACACAGCCACAGCGCCGUCUCGUCGUCGUCGAACCGGCUCAACGCGCGGCGAUCCGCGAUGGCGAACUCGCUCGUCCGGAUCGGGACCGUGGAGGGGGAAUGGGUGAAGCGGGCGCUCACCGCACUCAUCCGCCCCUCUUCCCACCAGCAGCGGCGGCGGGCGGCGUUCCAGCCGCGGUCCAGUCGCCUCUCCGUCAUGUCCAAGGCCGACGAUCUCUGAUCUAAACCCCCCUCGUAGGUCUGGAUCUCGAACCAAAGCAGCUUCGUUAAUCAGAAAAGGAAAAACGGUAUCAUAUUUUAUAAUCUUUUCUCCUCUUUUCUCGAUAUCGGCUUCGCCGGCGGCGACAGAAUCCGAUCGGAGGUUUCCCGAUCUCAGGAACUCGUGCAUGAAAAAAAAAGAAGAUGGGGGGAUUUUAUUUUAUUUUUUUCUUUUUUUCCUGUAAAGGACAGACGGAGACAGAUGUGUAUCUGAACUUUUGACAGCCGUUGAUGGCUUUUGAACGAGUAUUUCACAUCCGAACUGGACUGGAACAGCUGACACUAUAAAACUAAUUAAUUCUUUAAUUUAUGGAUUAAUUUAAA